AUGUUCAGAGAGGGACGAGAAAGCGUUGAAGACGAACCACAUCAAAGACGACCAAAAACAUCAACUGACGAAAAUCAUGUCAAGAAAAUCAAAGAUUUGGUUCUCGAAAAUCGUCGAUCAACAAUUAGAGACAUUGCUGAUACUGUAGACAUUUCAUUUGGAUCAGUUCAAACCAUUUUGAAAGAUAUUUUACACCUCAGAAGAGUGAAAUCUCGAUUGGUACCAAAAACACUGAAUUUAUUGGAAAAAGAGCGUCGCGUCCACGUUUGUGAAACAUUGCUUUCUGAUUAUCAAAACGUUCUGAAAUGCAUCAUUACUGGAGAUGAGACUUGGAUCGUUCGAGACACCGUUUCUCCUCUUCGUGCAAUUGGUUCAGUAGAUAGCCCAAAUAUUCGAAGCUGUCCCGCUGAUGACCGUCAAGAAAACUGUUCGGACGCUGACCGAGUACAUCACGUGGUACCGGCUCCUGCCGCACUGAAUACAACAUAA